AUGUCUACCUCAGACAUCAAAGGCUACGCCAUUCGCCGCAAUAAUUCAUGUCUCAGCGACGAAGUCGGAUGCGGACGAACAUGGGAAACCUGGCACGCUUGCUGCCCAUCCGGGUCCAAAUGUCCCGGAAAAGAGUACUCGAUUCAGAACAAUGUCUGCUGUCCGACUUGGACGGACUGCACUUCCGAGAUCAAACCUGCCACCUGCGCCAAUAGCUCCUGGAAUAUGUACGACUACGAUGGGUAUUUCUGCUGCACCGAGGACGAAAGUGGAUUCAGACUCAAGGGGACAGACUGGGUGGGCUGCUUGAGUCCCGACUCGCCGGGCAAUGCCAGUUACAGCGCCUUGAGGUUGAUCGCAACAACCUCCUCAUCCGCAACAUCAGCCCCCACAUCCACAGCCGCAUCAACGGCCACAGCAUCAGCAGCAACAACCACAGCAGCAUCAUCCACCGGUUCAGGCUCAAGCACCAACACGGGCGCAAUAGCCGGAGGCGUCGUCGGCGGUGUCGCCGGCGUCGCAGCAAUAGCCGGCCUUCUUUUCUACUUCCUGCGACGGCGCAAUAAGCAACGACCAGAGUCACAGACACAGAUGCAUCUCCAACCACAGGACCCUAGUCCUCAGUACUCGGCAUACGCCUACACUCAGACUCAGCAGCCAUAUUCCGCCCCAGCGAGCGAAUUAGAUGGCCAGUCUGCGCCUGUGGAAUUACCCUCGAAUAAUGGCCCGAAAGCUGAGUUGGCGGGGUAUCGGUGA